AUGGCUGACGAAUACGACGCCGAGAAGGCUGCCGAGAUCAAGAAGAGAAGAGCAUUCCGCAAGUUCUCUUACCGUGGAAUCGACCUCGACAACCUUCUGGACCUCAGCUCUGACCAGCUCCGUGAUGUCGUCCACGCCCGUGCUCGCCGCAGGAUUAACCGCGGUCUCAAGCGCAGGCCCAUGGGCUUGAUCAAGAAGCUCCGCAAGGCUAAGCAGGAGGCCAAGCCCAACGAGAAGCCCGACCCCGUCAAGACCCAUCUCCGUGAUAUGAUUGUCGUCCCCGAGAUGAUUGGCUCCGUCAUUGCCAUCUACUCCGGCAAGGAGUUCAACCAGGUCGAGAUCAAGCCUGAGAUGGUUGGCCACUACCUCGCCGAGUUCUCCAUCUCAUACAAGCCUGUCAAGCACGGCCGUCCCGGUAUCGGUGCUACAAACUCUUCUCGUUUCAUUCCUCUCAAGUAA